ACUUUUAAUUUGCUACAAUAGUACAGAGAGCCUUUUUCAUAGUCUCACCCCUCAGCGUGGCUUGUGGUGGACUCCAGAAAUUAACUUCAGGCAUAAAGCCCUUGCUGGCUACUGGGGAUCAGCUGAGACGUAGUUUCGACUGAAGGUGGAAUCCCUUCCAAGGGCCCAUUUGAGAGAUGUUCCUCUUUGCUCAUAAAACAAAGACGCCGAUCAGCACCUAUACAGACUCUUACCGACCGCCGUGUACCGUGAAACAGACUUACAGGGAACGUCCUUUUACGUUGUGGGAAGAAAACAAGUUUAUUACAGAGGGGUUAACGAUGCCCAGAGUGGAAAAUCAGGUGAACCAAGCUCAGCUGGAGAAGAUGAUUAAGCAUGCAGUGCAGGAUUAUUCCUAUAAGAACACGAUAGAACCAACAGCCUAUAGGCCAGAAAAGUAUUGGGUAACCAGACCCGAAGAAAAGUACAAUCCAGUUUUUGUCAGUGGAGACAAGUACGCAACGUGGAGGACAGGCCCUUACAACAGCGCGGGAUGGAAUAAAUAUACCACCUACCUCCCCAGGCUUCCAAAGGAAGCAGGGAUGGAGACCAUUCUCCGCGGGAUGCCCAUGGAAUACCCGCCGAAACCCGACCGGCUCAAUAAUUACGAAAGGGAAGUGGUGGUCAACAUGCUGAACAGCUUGUCCCGCAGCCAGCUCGCCUCCGUCCAGCACCGUUCCACCGUCCCCGGGAGAAAGCCCUUCCAGGGUUACUACAGCCCCUGCACCGGGCGCCACUACUGCCUGCGCGGGAUGGAUUACUACGUGGACGGCGCCCCCUGCAACGAGAGGCAGCUCAACCAGCUAGUGGAGAAGAUUGUAAGGAAUAUCCCAUACUGCGGCUGCAGCCGAGAGACGAUGGACUAUGCACCUUUGCACAGCCCGCCGCAAUCUUUCCCGUAUAUGAACCUUAAGUGGGACACGAGUCACUUCCAGAAGGCCGGCGGGCCGCAGAAGGAUAACUAUGUCAUCCAUCCCGAGUUUGUGUCGGAGUCCUGCCCCAUGUCGCCGUGCUGGUAGAGAACAGAGUCGGGCUUCCAUUAAAAUGGGUCUUGCCAACCUUUGCGUGGUCGUUCCUUAGGGUGCCGUCUGUGGAGGGCCAGCGCAUCCAGUAGGCGACCCUAGGCGGUUGCCUAGGACGGCAGGAUUUGGGGGGCGGCAUUUUGCUGCCCUCGGCGGAAAUUUGGUGGCGGGGGGGUCCUUCCGCUCCGGGUCUUCGGCGGAAAUUCGGCGGCGGGUCCUUCACUCACUCCAGGAUCCGCUGCCCAUCCCUGUGCUACGCUCCAUAACCUCUUGGAAUUUCUUGGCAACAACAAGGCUGAGUGUACAGGCCCAACGCUGCUUGAGCUGAAAGACAAUCAUCACGUUGGCAAUAUAGGGCACGUGACACACAGUUGAGCAGUGCCGAUUCCAUUCAGAAGGGAACCGUGGUAAGUUCACAGGCAGGCUUGCCACCUCAUGACUGCAUUUUCCUUUUCACUGCUUGAAUAUUAGUGUAAUGAGAAUCCAUUCAAUAACAGCUCUGCCAAAAGAUUUACAAUAUGUGGUUUGUACCCAACUUGAAAAAUGAGCCUCCCUGCUUGUAUCUUCAUUUCCCUGUUCCCGCCCCCCUCCCCAAACCCCA